GGACCGCCCUUAUAGUAGCCUCUCUCUUUGCUACCAUCGCUAGUCCUCUGUAUAUAGGUGUCAAUGAUCUUUCCUCAUUUUCGACAUUGCUAGAACGAGAGAACACAGAGCUGAACCAACCCUACAGAAAGAAAGACAUAACACUUGGGUUUUGGUGGGUUUUUGCAGUUGUUGCAGCAUCGUUCUUUGGUACUUCUGUCCACAAGGAUUACAAAUCGUACAUAUAGUAAAUUUCUGAAAAAAAAUACAAAAUAUUUCUGGGUUUUGGCUGUUUUAGCAGCAGCAUUAAUCUUUUGUUGAGGGUCUAAUAAUGGACGCCUCUGGUGAUAUCUACAAGGCCAGUCGUAGUUUACGUGGUAGUUUACGAGGUAGUUUACGAUUACGCAGUUCGUCGGGAUGGAGGAAUAAUGAUAUGGAUGUUUUCUCCAAGUCUUCACGAGAAGAAGAUGACGAAGAAGCUCUUAAAUGGGCUGCCCUCGAAAAACUUCCAACGUUUGAUCGCCUAAGAAAAGGUAUACUAACUACUUCGAAAGGUGAGGCCAGUGAAGUUAAUAUACAGAAUCUUGGAUUUGAAGAAAGGAAGAAAUUGCUCGAGAGGUUGGUGAAAUUAUCCGAAGAGGAUAAUGAAAACUUCCUGUUGAAGAUCAGGAAUCGGAUAGAUAGAGUUGGGAUCGCUCUUCCAGCAAUCGAAGUCCGAUUUGAGAAAGUUAAUAUCGAUGCAGAAGUUUAUGUAGGAAGCAGAGCUUUGCCUUCAUUCUUUAACUUCUGUAUCAGUAUCGUAGAGGGAUUUUUGAAUUUUGCCCAUAUUUUAUCAAAUCAGAAGAAACACUUGUCUAUCCUUAAAGAUGCUAGUGGAGUGAUCAAGCCUAGGAGAAUGACUUUGCUAUUGGGUCCUCCAAGUUCCGGGAAGACAACACUGUUAUUGGCUUUGGCUGGAAAGCUUGACCCAGAUCUGAAGUUCUCUGGGAGGGUGACUUAUAAUGGCCAUGACAUGAAUGAGUUCGUGCCUCAAAGAACUGCAGCCUAUAUCAGUCAAUUUGAUCUCCAUAUUGGAGAAAUGACUGUAAGGGAAACCUUGGCCUUCUCAGCAAGGUGCCAAGGGAUCGGAUCACGCUAUGAUAUGCUAGCAGAGUUGUCUAGAAGAGAAAAAGAGGCAAAUAUCAAACCUGAUCAAGAUGUUGAUAUCUACAUGAAGGCAGCAACAACUGAAGGCCAAGAGGCUGAUGUGGUGACAGAUUAUAUAUUGAAGGUUUUGGGUUUAGAAGUGUGUGCUGAUACCAUGGUUGGAGAUGAAAUGUUGAGGGGUAUUUCUGGAGGACAAAGAAAGCGUGUCACGACAGGGGAAAUGAUGGUUGGACCAGCAAAGGCAUUGUUUAUGGACGAAAUAUCUACAGGAUUGGACAGCUCGACAACUUUCCAAAUUGUGAAUUCGCUCAGGCAAUAUGUUCAUAUUCUCGAUGGAACAGCAGUCAUUUCUCUCCUGCAGCCUGCACCAGAGACAUACAAUCUUUUCGAUGAUAUCAUUCUCCUCUCAGAUGGCUACAUUGUGUACCAGGGACCCCGUGAAAACGUUCUCGAGUUUUUUGAAUCCAUGGGCUUUAAAUGUCCUGACAGGAAAGGUGUGGCUGACUUUCUGCAAGAGGUGACGUCAAGGAAAGAUCAAGAGCAGUAUUGGGCACGCAAAGAUGAGCCUUACAGUUUUGUCACGACCCAGGAAUUUGCCGAGGCAUUCCAAUCAUUCCAUGUGGGAAGAAGUAUAGGAGAUGAACUUUCAACUCCAUAUGACAAGACAAAAAGUCACCCAGCUGCAUUGACCACCAAAAAGUACGGUGUUAGUAAGAAGGAGCUAUUAAAAGCUUCCUUUUCAAGAGAGUACUUGCUGAUGAAAAGAAAUUCGUUUGUUUAUGCCUUCAAGUUAACACAACUUUUCAUUAUGGGACUGAUUGCAAUGACACUUUUCCUACGGACGAAAAUGCCACGCGAUGAUGCAUCCGAUGGAGGAAUUUACACUGGUGCUUUGUUCUUCACUGUGAUUAUGAUUAUGUUUAAUGGAAUGGCAGAGUUGUCUCUGACCAUUAUAAAGCUUCCUGUCUUUUACAAGCAAAGGGACCUCCUCUUCUAUCCCUCAUGGGUGUAUGCUAUUCCUCAAUGGAUCCUCAAAAUCCCAAUAACAUUUUUAGAAGUUGCUGUUUGGGUAUUCAUGACCUACUAUGUUAUUGGAUUUGAUCCGAAUGUCGGAAGGUUGUUUAAGCAAUACCUGCUGCUAGUACUUGUAAACCAAAUGGCCUCUGCACUAUUCCGAUUCAUUGCAGCAAUGGGGAGGAACAUGAUUGUUGCUAAUACCUUUGGGUCAUUUGCAUUGCUCUUGCUUUUUGCCUUGGGUGGCUUUAUCCUCGUCAGAGAGGAUAUAAAGAAAUGGUGGAUAUGGGGUUACUGGAUAUCACCUUUGAUGUAUGGGCAAAAUGCAAUAGUAGUUAACGAGUUCCUGGGAAACAAUUGGAAAAAAGUUCUCCCAAACACAGCCGAAGCACUGGGAGUUACAGUGCUGAAGAGUCGUGGGUUCUUCACCCACGCCUAUUGGUAUUGGAUUGGUGUAGGUGCAAGUGUUGGAUUCAUCUUCCUUUUCAACAUUGGUUUUAUCAUCGCUCUCUCUUAUCUUAACCCGUUUGGGAAGUCACAGUCUACAAAAUCAGACGAACCGGAAAGCAAUGAAGAGGGCAAGAGGACAGGGGGAGGCAUACAGUUAACACAGAGAGGAAACAGCUCAAGUCAGGGGGGAAGUACCUCAUCAGCAAUUGAGGCCAGUCGUAAUGGGAAAAGAGGAAUGGUCCUUCCAUUUGAACAACAUUCCAUCACUUUUGAUGAGAUUAUAUAUUCUGUUGACAUGCCACAGGAAAUGAAGGAGCAGGGUAUCCUUGAGGAUAAACUGGUGCUUCUAAAGGGUGUGAGCGGUGCUUUCAGGCCCGGUGUUCUCACAGCUUUGAUGGGUGUUAGUGGUGCUGGUAAAACAACACUGAUGGAUGUGCUGGCUGGUAGGAAAACUGGUGGAUAUAUAGAGGGGAACAUCACAAUUUCGGGUUACCCAAAGAAGCAAGAAACGUUUGCUCGAAUUUCUGGGUACUGUGAGCAAAAUGACAUUCAUUCUCCUCAUGUUACCGUGUACGAGUCCUUGGUCUAUUCUGCAUGGCUCCGCUUAUCCUCUGGGGUUGAUUCCGAAACAAGAAAGAUGUUCAUUGAGGAAGUCAUGGAGCUUGUGGAGCUGAACCCACUGAGGAAUGCACUUGUUGGGUUGCCUGGUGUAAAUGGUCUCUCUACCGAGCAGCGCAAGAGGCUCACUAUUGCAGUCGAGCUUGUGGCAAACCCCUCCAUAAUAUUCAUGGAUGAACCAACUUCAGGUCUAGAUGCAAGAGCUGCCGCAAUUGUCAUGAGAACAGUUAGGAACACAGUGGACACUGGAAGAACGGUUGUGUGCACAAUCCAUCAGCCAAGCAUUGACAUAUUUGAAGCUUUUGAUGAGCUUUUCCUAAUGAAGCGUGGAGGACAAGAGAUAUAUGUUGGGCCAUUGGGUCACCACUCUUGCCAUCUUAUCCAAUAUUUUGAGAGCACUGAAGGAGUCAAAAAAAUUACAGAUGGUUAUAAUCCAGCAACUUGGAUGUUGGAAGUUACAAGUCAAGGGGAAGAAAUUGCUUUGGGUGUAGAUUUUACUGAUGUGUAUAGAAACUCAGAACUAUAUAGGAGGAACAAAGCAAUGAUUAAGGAGUUGAGCAAACCUGCUCCUGGUUCAAAGGAUCUCUAUUUCCCAACACAAUUUUCGCAGUCUUUUUGGACUCAAUGCAUGGCUUGCCUAUGGAAACAACGCUUGUCCUAUUGGCGCAACCCACCAUAUACUGCUGUCAGAUUUCUCUUCACUGUAUUCAUAGCCUUGGCAUUUGGGACAAUGUUCUGGGACCUUGGCUCCAAGACGAAGAGGAUUCAAGAUUUAACUAAUGCCAUGGGUUCCAUGUAUGCUGCUGUUCUCUUCCUUGGCGUCCAAAAUGCUUCGUCUGUGCAACCUGUUGUGGCUAUUGAACGAACAGUCUUCUACAGAGAAAGAGCUGCUGGAAUGUAUUCUGCUUUGCCAUAUGCAUUUGGACAGGUUGCGAUUGAGAUCCCAUACGUUUUCAUGCAAUCUGCAGUAUAUGGCAUUAUAGUUUACGCAAUGAUUGGAUUUGAAUGGACUGCAGCCAAAUUCUUUUGGUACCUAUUUUUCAUGUUUUUCACAUUGCUGUACUUCACCUUCUACGGCAUGAUGAGUGUGGCUUUUACACCAAAUCACCAUAUUGCUUCCAUCGUAUCUGCCGCGUUUUAUGGUAUCUGGAACCUGUUUACAGGAUUCAUAGUCCCUCGACCUAGGAUUCCCAUUUGGUGGAGAUGGUACUACUGGGCAUGCCCUAUUGCCUGGACAUUUUAUGGACUGGUGGUUUCGCAAUUCGGAGAUAUUAAGGAUGAACUUUUAGACAGUGAAAUUCGUGGUGAAACCGUGGAAGCAUACAUGAGAAGGUAUUUUGGAUUCAAGCAUGAUUUUCUGGGAGUUGUGGCAGUUGUGGUUGCUGGGACUGCCGUGCUCUUUGCAUUUAUCUUUGCGUUUUCAAUCAAGGUGUUUAAUUUCCAAAGGCGGUAGACAGAUUGUAUUUGAUUACUUGUAUCGGAUCAUGUUUCAGGAUUAAUGCUAACAAUUAGCAUUGUCCAAAUUCUUUUUUUUAUUAUUGUCAUUAUUAUUGUUAUUAAUAAUAAUAAUAUUAAUAUUUUGUGAGCAUAAUAAUGUACUUUGAUUUAAUAUAAAGAAAGGGUUGGGUGGC